ACAGAGUAACUUCCAGCGCUGUGGACGAAGCCGUACGGCCGUAAAAGGAUUUUUACCUGCGCCAAUCUGAGCGAGGACGGGUCAGAGCCGUCCACUGAUGUCGGAUGGACCGCGCGGUAGCUCGGACUCCAGUUCUAGAAGUUUAAUAUCUCCCAACUCCCGCUGAGUUUUAAAAUAAUUGAAAGAGUUGGCAUGGUCGGGGUUGCUGCUGUUGCUUUUUUACACACUGUCAUUUUUUUUUCCAAGCGCAAUUUUUUUAGACCCGCUAAAUAAUUCAUUUCGUUGUACGCCCGAGACUUUUAGUCCGUAACUGACAAAGGGGUUCCCUUGUGAAACGAGCAGAUCCCUCGCAACGUUUUUUUUUCUUCUUCUGUUUUUUUUUCAGGAUGUCCAACAGACUUGCAUGUUUAAAAGUAAACGAGGAUCUGCUUUCAAUGCCACUAGUGUCUUGCAGCACGGGGAGACCUGCUGGAUGCUAAUAUCAUCCACGCAGUUAAGCAUUCUUUGGAAAUGCCAGCAGGAAACAGUUUUGCUUAGCGCAUCGGUUUAACUGAAGCUGAAGAGCGGCCAUCCCCGGGAUAACGAGAAAUCACUUACGAGACGGGUAUCGCUUCGGCAUUUUUUUCCAAGAGAAAUUGUUUCCAAGUAAACAGCGUUUUUGAUGUCGGGCACGCACGCAGUGCGCAUGCGUCGCUCUGCUCGGAAUUAUUGCACUGCCUGGGACUAAGUUGCAUUCCUUGAAUCUUCCCUCAAAGACAUUUCUUUUAAUCAAAGUUAGGAAUGUGGAGAGUUCAAGACCGUGGAUGUUUUGGUUUUUUAUCAUUUCCAAUGAUGGUGGCCAUGGUCUGCUGUGCACAGAGCGUUAAUGAGCCCAGCAACAUGUCAUUUGUGAAAGAAACCGUGGAUAAACUGCUCAAGGGAUACGACAUUCGCUUAAGGCCUGAUUUUGGAGGUCCUCCUGUAGAUGUUGGGAUGAGUAUAGACAUCGCCAGCAUUGAUAUGGUUUCAGAAGUCAAUAUGGAUUACACACUCACAAUGUACUUUCAGCAGUCAUGGAGGGACAAAAGGCUUUCUUACUCUGGAAUACCUCUCAACCUAACUUUAGAUAACAGAGUGGCAGACCAGCUGUGGGUGCCUGACACCUACUUCCUCAAUGACAAGAAAUCCUUUGUGCACGGAGUUACUGUUAAGAACAGAAUGAUCCGUUUGCAUCCUGAUGGGACUGUUCUCUAUGGCCUCAGAAUCACCACAACUGCAGCCUGCAUGAUGGAUCUUCGUAGAUAUCCACUUGAUGAGCAGAACUGUACCUUGGAAAUUGAGAGCUAUGGCUACACCACUGAUGAUAUUGAAUUUUAUUGGAAAGGAGGCGACAGUGCAGUGACUGGAGUCCUUCGAAUCGAACUACCACAGUUCUCAAUUGUGGAUUAUAAAAUGCUGUCCAAAAAGGUAGUGUUUGCAACAGGCUCCUAUCCCAGGCUUUCCCUGAAUUUUCAGCUGAAAAGAAACAUUGGAUAUUUCAUUCUACAGACCUAUAUGCCUUCAACUUUAAUCACCAUUCUGUCUUGGGUUUCCUUCUGGAUUAACUAUGAUGCCUCUGCUGCACGAGUUGCCCUGGGGAUAACUACGGUGCUGACUAUGACAACCAUCAGCACUCAUCUCAGGGAAACACUGCCCAAGAUUCCUUACGUAAAAGCAAUUGAUAUUUACCUAAUGGGAUGCUUCGUAUUUGUGUUUCUGGCACUUCUUGAAUAUGCCUUUGUGAACUACGUAUUCUUUGGAAGAGGACCCCAGCUUCAAAAAAAGGCAGCAGAAAAAGCUACCCAGGCUAAUAAUGAAAAGAGCAAACUGGACACUAACAAAGUUCAAGUUGACGCCCAUGGAAACAUCUUGUUAACAACCCUGGAAAUUAGGAAUGAAGUCAGCGGCUCUGAGGUGUUAACAAGCAUAAAUGACCCCAGAGCCACAAUGUUCUCCUAUGACAGUGCAAGCAUCCAGUACAGGAAACCUGUCACCAGUCGGGAUGUGUACGGGAGAAGUGUUGCAGACAGACACCUGCCACACAAAAAGGGACGCUUAAGGCGAAGAGCAUCCCAGAUCAAAAUUAAGAUUCCUGACUUGACUGACGUUAACGCCAUUGACAAGUGGUCUAGGAUCAUCUUUCCUAUCACAUUUACUUUUUUUAAUGUUGUCUACUGGCUUUAUUAUGUGCACUAGGUUGUCCCAAGUAUUUUUCCAUGUAUUUUCCCUUCAAGGACUGCAGGUGGGAUACAGCUGCAAAAUGAAGGUAAGGUAUUCAGCCAUUGUGUGAAUGUGCAUAUGUGUCUGCAUGAGAAAUAUGGUGAGAGAAUUGCUAGAAGUUAAGAUUCUUGUUUUCUUUCAUCAGUAGCCGUUUAUAAAAAAAAAAAAACAAAAACAAAAAAAAAAACUCUUUCAACAGCUUUAACUUUCAUACACAAUUUGUUGGAAUCCCAACAAAGACGAAUUACCUGUGGCUUCAGGUCUUUUAUAAGCAAUGAAGCCUUACAAUUUUUGCAUUCAAUAGAAUGUAAAAACAUAAGCCAUUUACUUAUUAACUUUUUAACAGAUGACACAGAAUGCUUGACAUCCUCAUUCGAAGGCUUAUUAUCUACGAACAAGAGACAUUCACCUGUCUUGCGUAUGUCCCCUCUUUAUGUUCUUAAGGAAGAGACACCUGAGCCACUUUUGAAUCAGUCUUGGCAUAUGCAUGAAGCAUGUGCAUUCUCAUUCAAGGUGUCUCAAGCUAAGCGUUUGUUUUUUAUUUUUCUCUUCUCUUUUGCCAAAGUGUAUUACUCAAAAAUUGUUUUGGUAAUUGAAGAAAGUAUAUCAUAUUUGACCUUAGUCUACAGACUUUAACUAAAUUAAAUUGAGAUGUGCUGAUAUCAAAGAAUGAGAUAUGGACCAGAAUAAUAUAUUAUAUAUAUAUAUAUAUAUAUAUAUAUAUAUAUAUAUAUAUAUAUAAAUUAUUUUGUGACAUUCUGGGCAUUUUUGAAAUGCAGGUUUCUCAAAAGUAAAUCAGGUAAAAAAAAUUAAGAAAAAUUAUUACGCUAGUAUAUUGUGUGGCCUCUCUUAAAAGCCUUGUUAACUCAUGCACCUUAGAAAAUGAAUCCCAGCCACUUAUCCAACAAAGUAAGCAUACCUCAAGAUGAAAUGCAAUGCUGAUAUGGAAAUAGUUCAGUCCCCUAAAGCUUUGAGUUCUGCUAUCACCUUUUAAGUACAAGAAGUGUAAACUCCCAGCAUGCAUCAUUGUAAUUAACAGUGGAUUGCUUGCAGCUGUAAGUAUCCUACAUUCCUCUUCAGUUUUACAGCUUUAUAGACACAAUAGCACAGUGAUACCAGAAUUUUUAUUAGAUGCGGCUCCUUUUGGAAUGGCUUGAUUUAAUUACCAAGCAUGUGUUCUGCUGGAAGGGUCUAAGUCUUACAAAGAGAUGACAGCCUAAUACUAUUACAGCUGUAGGCUGCAUUAAAAAAGCCAUUAAGAUGCAGAAUUGGAUUACAUAUUUCCUGUACGUUCCAUUGCAGAGGAUGAUUUUGACAAAAUUGCAGAACUGAAAUGUACAUCUUUCUGUCCUUUUUUCCUGAUCACAGCUUCACGUACUUGUGUGUAUAUGGACUGGCUUAUACCAAUUUAUUUUCUUUUCCUAUGACAGUGCUGAUAUUUUUAGAAUUUCCAAGAAGAUUGCAUACAUGUAAAUACCUUGUAAGGUGUGACUAUUGAAGAUGGUGCACCAGUUGUCACAAAAGGGCAAGAAAAUGCAAACAGGUGUUUCUUUCAUAAAAAGAUGCAUGCUUCGCUUCUCAUGGCUGAAUAUUGUGCCUUUGAACAAGAAUUACAAUGUUUCAACAGGGUUAUUCUUAAUACUAGCAUACAGAGUCACAACCACUAUACUUGUACAACGUCAUGAUCUACAUUACCAUUCAAAAUAGUUAUCUUAACAUUCCGACAUUAUGAUGACAAUCUGUAAAUAGAGAGAAAAAUAUCUUAUCCACUGUAAUAUUUUCUACUAGAAAAGAAGUAAAGUUAAAUAAAAUGGCUUGAGGCACUGCGCUUAACUCAAAAUAUCCUGUUGACAGACUAACUCCUGCACCUCCAAAGUAUUAUCAACAGGACAUAAUGAAGGAAUCGUUCGAUAGGUGCUGAACGGAUUUGUAAGAGGCUGUAUUGAUGGAUUUGCUGGAAAAAUUGAAUUAUUUUGCCUAUUCUUGUUUUCCUUUGUGUGUGGGUAUACUUUUGGGUUUGUAUCGUUCACGUCUGCUUAAUUGGGAAUGAGACCACAUUUAAGAAGGUGUGCCGCUACCAUAUGGGUUUAUUCCAUUAUCGUAAAAUAAAAUUGUAAGUGUACAUUCAUUAUUCCUGUUUAAAGACUGUGCAGAGCGGGCAAGGGCUUGGCCCACAUUCAUUCAGCCAUUUAGGAUCACUGAUUUUAGAAUAAUUUGCUCUUCGUUGUGCUGUCUCAUUUCAGUUUUACACUAAGGUGACCACCUUGUGCCAGUUUUGCAACAUCACUAUUGUUUCUGGUGUCCUCACUUAUCACAGUUUCAGUUUGCUUAAUAAAACUCAAUUUACAAUCAGACUGAUAAAUGUAGCCCUUCUGAAAACAACAUUCAAAAUGUUAUUAGAUGUCACUGGUAUGCUUUUUUAGAUGGCUUACUUGUUUCUCAAUCUUUAAACAAAGCAAAAUAUUUCUUGCUUUAAAAAUUUGAUCCAGAAAGAUGUGUGGACUGACAUUUGAGCUUGACAGUUGGCAUUUAAAAUCUCUCCAAUCAGUGCCUGAAUUUUCUUAUAUGUAAGAACAACUCAGUGAUAAAUAAUCAGGAAACACCUGGGUGGAGGAUGGGAAGCAUAUUUUGAAGGGAAUCAACGGUGACAAAACCCAGAAAAGAGUAACCAGAAAGAAUGGAGCCAGUGUGUCUGCCUAGUGUGUCUUCUUUUUAGAGAUUAAUAAUCUGGAUAAUUUGAGUUUCUUCACUAAUCUCUGAAUAAAAGAUGGAUUUGAAGAAAUUGUGGCCUACAUCUAGGGUGGCAGGUAGACCUUAGAGGGCCAUAAUGGUGACUGACUUUCAUUCCAAACAGGGUUUGUUUUUGGUUGCUUUAUGAACUUUAUUUAUCUUGCAGUGAGAUUAUUACUUACCGUCGAAAUUCAGAAAAACUCUUAUGCUGCUUUGUUGUGCUAUGGGAAUUUUUAGAGGUAAUGUUUUUUGACAUCACGCAUUUAUUUGGUUAUGAUUUGCUGCUCGAUCUACACAAAGUUCAAAUAAAAGAUUAAUCCUAAAAGAAAAAGCCAAGGAAAUGAAUUAGGCAUCUCUUUAAAUAAAAUGAGAUAAUGUUAAUUUGUAUUGUAUAUAAUAAUUUGAGGUGACAGAUCAACCUUACAAAAAGAAUUUGGCAAAUUUUGUUAACAAAUUGUUCCACUAAGAGCUACUAUUUGCAAGGCAAUCAUUUGAAAUUUCCCAUCACAGUACUGUAUACUGUAUUUGCCAUAUUUCCCAGAGCACAUGAAGACAGUAUAACUGCUGUAAUAGCUUUGCAUUUCAUUAGCCAUUACAUUAUUUUUUUUACUUGGUUUUGGUUUGCCUGCUUGUUAAGGUUAUUUGCUUUUCAUGUAUUUAACUAGAUGACACUCCUUCUAUUUCAUCUUUAUAUUUUUUAAUCAUUUUAAUUCAACAGCUUUUUAGGAAAUUUAAGUUGUUAAUUAUUUCAUCAAUUUUUAUAAGCGGAUGAUUAACAGUGAGGCACUCUAACAAAGCUGGCUUGCUAAAUAGGAAUUGUUUGUGAAUGUGUGUGUUCACCAUUGAGAAGAUGAUAAAAUAAAUAAGAGCUGAAGAAACGGAGGGAUUUAAUUCAUUAUAGUCUACAAAAACAUUUUGAUGAUUUUUCUGUGAAGUGUAGCAAAAUCUAAUGUGUCACAAUGAUAAUUACAAUAAAUGAAAUUAUCGUCUAUAACCACAGCAAUUGGUUAUAAGAAAAUUAAGAAAUUGUUUUGAAUGAAACUUGUUUGUUCAAGUGGUGGCCACAAUGACCUACUGCAGACACCAUAUAUCAAAGGAUUUAAGGAAAAUCAUUACAGUCUUAGAAGGUCCAUUUGCAUAACUUCAUCAGUAUUGACAACUGUUUUGAAACUGAAUGUUAUAUAAAAUAAAAGAGAACAAGCAUCCUCUUAUAAUACAUUAUGGGCUCAAAACAAAUUCCAUUUUAUACAUAAUGUUAUUCAGAAAACAUAUGACGUGACCUCAAAUCAAGACACAACUUUGAUUAGCAAGAGGAAAAGCUCUUCUCCCUACCCAAACAUUCUGGUGAAGACUCCUUCAUUAGUCACACAUGAACAGGCACAGACUGAGCUGUAAGUGAGGUGCUGCCCUCGAUCUGAGUGAGAUGAAGAGCGUGAUGAUGACUCUGUGGAGGGGGAUUGUAAGGACGGCGGGGUGAGAGUACCGAAAAUAAUUUAUAAUGUAUAACUGGAUUGGAAACUCAACAUUAGAGUACUCACCCCGCCUUGUUGUAUUAAUGAAAUUUUUGGGUUUGACAAUUUGAAGUAUAAGUUGUUUUUUUCUUAAAGCAGCUGUAGAGAUUUGUGUAAAUAAUGUAUAUAGUUUACUAAAAGCAAAUGUGUAAUAUCAUUCAGUAUCUCUUUAUAUUUUGUUCAAAGAUCUGUAAAUAAACAGUUCAAGUAAGAUAUUUGUUUAACACUGUUGCUGUAACCAAAAUUAAUGUGUUGUUUCUGGCAUUCAUUGAACGUGUGCAUUGCUUUAGUGGUCAUCCUGAAGUAAGUAAUCCCUUUUUCUGCAAGACACAUUGCUGGUCUGUAUUGUAAAGGUAAAUACUGUUCAAAAUCUACCAUUUUUACGCACAAAAAAAAAAAUUCAUGAAAAAGAGUAAGGAGGUUCUGAUUCUUGCUUUCAAUUUCCAUCUUUUCUGUAUUUGUAAUUUUUAUGAUGAACUCCAAAAAUAAUGUUCUGCCACAAAAUUAAUUUAUAACUUCUUUGUAAGGAGAUACAUAAAACAGAUUUUACUUUAUAGCUUUUAAAGGGCAUGUUUGCCUCAAACUGGAGCUCCCAGUUUAAAGCAAUGAACUAUUAUGGUCAGUUCUUUCUUCACCAGGCCAUGAAGUGCCAUUUAAAGGUAUAAUUAAAUUUAUUUUUUUCUUUCUGAAAAACUGUGUUCAACUCUGCCUCCAUUGUUAUGAUAUUUAGUUUAACUCUCUACAAAGAGACUGGAAGCUAGGUGUUUUUGCCAUUUGCAGCAACACAGACUAGUUAUUAAUUUUGGUUUUUUUUAUAUGCUUUGAUGUUAUUCUUUCUGGAAGAAUUCAGCAUUUUGAUUGGACUGUUUUUUUACUAAUAAAAACGAACCUUUACCGUUAUUAAUUACCAGCCUUAUCCUGAUCCGUAGGACAUUCAUUGCAUGUGUUUUGUGUUGAUAUACUGUGUUUUUGUGUUCAUUUGGCAAAUGCCCUAUUAAAUGAAUUUAUAAGAUGAAAAGCAGAAAGAGUACAAAAGAAAGCCAGUUUAAAUUUGUGGAUAAUCUAUAUAAUGUAGAAAAGAAAAGAAAUUCAUUUUCAUUCAUUUUUAAAUUACAUACAACUCCUAACAAGUCUUAGAAAUUACAGAAAAGCUGAAAAUUAAAGUGCUUUAAAGACCUCCUUAAUUUUGUCUCUGUACCACAUCACUUUACAAAGCUUUAAAUCAGCAAGCUUAUUGAUAUGUGUGCACUGAAAAUAUGUUUCAUACAAUAUUUUUAAAGAAACAAGUUUCAAGGAAUGAAAAAAAUAUUUUGCACUGAAAUUUUAAUUAUUGGUGAUUAACUUUCUUGUUUAUGCGAACACUAAAGUGCCAUCUUCAGUGUGUAUAUAUAAAUACAAAACAAAAAGAAAAAUCAUCUCAUCCUUAUAAAGGUUGUUUACAUUUUAGAACAUCAAAACAUUUCUUUAAGCCUUUAUAUCAAAUGUAGGUAUUUCUUACUGUUGCAUAAAAAUGAUUUAAUAUAAUAAACUUUACAAAACUA